GUGUCUGGCAUGCGACGAGUUAAUCAUGCCUCUCACUCUCUGUGUCCACACAGUGUUCUGUCUCUCCUUUCCCUACAAAAUACACCCUCCCUCUUAUACCUAGGUAUACAAUGGCGACCGAAGCCUGCUGCACCUGCGCGACUCUCCUCGCCGAAUCCAAAGUCCCCUACGACCCCUCGUCCGAGAAACCGCUCCUCUACAACCGGCGUCUGUCCUGCUGCUCCCGCGAAAUCUGCGCCUUGUGCCAGUACAAGAAUCCACGCUUCCAAUCCUACUGCCCCUUCUGCCAGAUCUCCUCGGGCCCGUCGGCCUUACCCAAGGAAGGUCUACGAUUACCACCAUCCUAUACCAAAACUGCCACUGCCUCCUCUACCCUCGGCGGCGCCCGAGGCCCUCCCUCGCCGCCACCACCAUACGAAGACCACACAUAUCAAACGAGAACAUCCUCACCUGGGCUGACGGGAGACACCAACACCAACCCCAACAAUGACAACACAUCCCCACCCGAAACCACCGAAACAGACGACACAAUCCACCACAUCAGCCCAGACGACUCCCUCCCGUCGCUCUCCCUGGCAUACAAAGUCCCCGUCCCCGUGCUCCGCCAGCACAACAAUUUGUACUCCGACGGCCUCCUCGCCGCGCGGAAAUGGGUCCUCAUCCCUCGAACCCACUACGACGGCCCGCCGUUAUCCACACCGCCCGACCCCGUUGAGGAAGCACGCAAGACGAAACUGCGCCGGUGGAUGGUGGCGACCAAAUGUGCCGACUACAGCGUCGCCACGCUCUACCUCAAGGGCAGCGACUACAAUCUGGACCUUGCCGUCGAAGCCUUCAAAGCCGAUGAGGAGUGGGAAAAGAGUCACCCUCUCGAGGACAAGGACAAGGGCAAGGGCUCCCGGACAACAAGUCGCCCAUACGCGCGAGGGCCUCGGGGAGGGAGUAUAUCGGGCCAAUUAUCGUGAAUGAUGACCUGACCAGUACCCGAUACGGCGAUACGGCGAUACGACUGGCACAGUAUACAUUAUGCCUGCAUAGACGCCAGUUUUCGAGUAGGGGGAGUCCUCAUAUGACUCCCCCAUGCGGACUUAGCUACGUUUCGUAGCGGUGAUGACGACAUGAUGAGACGAAACCCACAAAGUGAGGGACAUUCGAGGACGAGAGUAUACGCAACAAGGCGCCGCGGACGGCCCAACGAGCAAGUCGAAGAAACCACAGACACAGCCGCCCGAGAUGCACAGCGAAAUGGCAUCUCCCCGCUCCAGGAUACCGACCAAGGCUCUCAACGGGGAUCUGUACGAUAUAGAUAGACGUGAAAGGGUCGGUCCGUUUUGUUUCUCGAACAGGGCCUUCUGAACGGCCAGCGGGCGGUUAGGUCAAUGAUGUACAACUCUUAGCAACUAUAGACCUUGUAUAGUACGUGUAUCACAAAUUUUAGGCACAAUGUCGAAAUAUAGUAUCG